GAGGACGAGUGGGUUGAGUGGCGGCGCCGCGAGCGAGUUUGGAGGGAGUCCGAUGCCGCAGCAUGUGAUACAACAACAACAACAACAACAACAACAACAGAGACCGCAAUCGGCACCGGAGGGUGUGGGGCAUGCCGGACAACAGCAGCAGCCGGACCCGCUGUAUCAACAACUCAGGCAGCAGCAGCAUGCGGCGAGGGAGAGGAUGGAGAGUGGGGGAAGCGGGGGGAGUGGCGGUGGAGCGCAAUAGGAUAUUGUGCCGCGGGGGUAUCCUUUCCUGGGGGGUUGAGUUCCACACACGCAUACCAUGGCAUACCCCCCUCGUUACCACUCACAGGGUUUCUGAAUCAUAAUUCUUAAUUACACCCUUGUUAUGGGAAAAAAACGCAUACAUGCAACAUAUGAUUGUUCUUUUUUUUUUGCUUUGCGAAAGUGUCCCAGAACGGUCCGCCUCCAAAAACCUCCCCACCCGAUGUCGGGCCCGCGUCCCAUCCCCCCGGAUCCCCUUCUCUCACGCUUGCCCCCUUCCCGACCGGUUACGACGUCCAAGGCUUUAUCGACCUCGUGCAUUUUCUCGACAAUGGCGCUUCCGUCAUCAGCGUACGCUUCCUCUCCCACUACCCCUUGUCUCCUUGCCCUCCGUCGGGUGAAAAGGCCGCAGCCCGGCCGUCGAGGCGAGAUCGUAGAGAUGAAGACUGCCACCAACCUCGCAUCCAAAGAAGCCCAGCUCCGCGGCCUACAAGCCGAGCUCAAAGCCAAACUCCACGAAAUCAGCGCUCUCUUCUCUCGCGAGUUCGGCUUCGCGGCGCGCUUUGGCGAUCGCG